AUAUUUCUCUGAGUAGAAACAAAUAGCAAAUACAUACGUCUCCUUAAAACCAGCUUUGUCAUCAAAUCAAAAGCCAUUCUUUCUUUCCGUCUUUCACGCUCCGCCUCUCCUUCAUCGUUUCAUAGAUUCUUUUUCUUUUUUUUUUCUCCGUCCUCAGAUCUCUUUUCCCUCAAAACAAUCCUCUGUUUUGAUCUCUCUGAGGUUGUUUUCUUUGGAGGAAGAAAGAAAUCUCUUCUUCUAGCGAUCUCGUCGAUGUUUUUUUUUCUUCUUUGCAUGGUCUAGUGGAUGAUUGAUAACGUUUGAUCGCUGAAAUUUUGGUGACGUUUCUGGGUUUAUGAUAUUGUAGAAAAUUUAGUUUUUAAAAAAUAUAUAUCUUCUGGGUCAAUGAUAAUAGUGGUCGACGAGUCGGUUUCUUAGGGUUUACUUUUUUUCUAAUUGUCUUUGUAGAAUUGUUGUUUUAUUCAUUUCUAAUUGAAUUUUCAACGCUAUUAUUGAAGAGAAUUUCAGCUUGUGGAAUUUAUUAUCGAUUGAGAAAAAAAGUCUUUUCAAAUCUAGAUGUCAGAAGAACAUGUCCAGAAACUUGAGGUUGGUGUAAUAGUUUAAACAGAUUCUUUCAAAAAAAUAAAUUAGUUCAGGUUUUCUGCAAAAUAAAAUUGUUUAACAUAUUUGCGAAAUUCUCAUAAAAGAAAAACAAUUUGAUAAUGAUGAAAAUUUUCUGUCAGAAUCUUGUUUGGUGAUUGUUUGUGUUGUGUGUGUCUCGUUCUCUGUGUCUCUGAGAUUACUUUAGAAGAAAGUAAACGAAAAAAAAAAAUGGAACCAACAAAUGAGACAGAAGCUACACCGGAAAACAACCUCAGAAGCAGAGGAGGAGCUGCUGUUGGGAACAACAGCAAGAAAGACAUGAUUUUUCGAGCCGACAAGAUCGAUCUGAAGAAUCUAGACAUUCAGCUGGAGAAACAUCUGAGUAGGGUUUGGUCAAGAAACAUCGAGAAGAACCCAAAGCCCAAGGAAGAGUGGGAGAUCGACUUGGCUAAACUGGAGAUGAGGAAUGUCAUUGCUCGUGGUGCAUAUGGUAUUGUCUACAAAGGCAUCUACGAUGGUCAAGACGUUGCAGUGAAGGUGCUUGAUUGGGGAGAAGAUGGUUACGCGACUGCUGCUGAGACUUCAGCUCUACGUGCUUCAUUCCGACAAGAAGUUGCGGUUUGGCACAAACUUGACCAUCCCAAUGUCACAAAGUUUGUUGGAGCAUCGAUGGGGACAACGAAUCUGAAGAUACCAUCGUCAGCUGAGAAUGAGAACUCGUUGCCUCAGAGAGCAUGUUGUGUGGUUGUGGAGUAUCUUCCUGGAGGAACUCUUAAACAGUUCUUGUUCCGUAACAGGAGAAGGAAACUCGCUUUUAAAGUUGUUGUUCAGCUCGCUCUUGAUCUCUCCCGAGGGCUAAGUUAUUUGCAUUCAGAGAGAAUCGUUCAUCGAGAUGUGAAAACAGAGAACAUGCUAUUGGAUUAUCAGAGGAAUUUAAAGAUAGCUGAUUUUGGAGUGGCUAGAGUUGAAGCUCAGAAUCCAAAGGACAUGACUGGGGAGACUGGUACUCUUGGAUACAUGGCUCCAGAGGUUCUUGAUGGUAAGCCAUACAACAGAAGAUGCGAUGUAUACAGCUUUGGGAUAUGCUUGUGGGAGAUUUACUGUUGUGAUAUGCCUUAUCCUGAUCUCAGCUUUGCUGAUGUUUCUUCUGCUGUUGUUCGUCAGAAUCUGAGACCGGACAUACCGAGAUGUUGCCCAACAUCAUUAUCAAGCAUCAUGAAGAAAUGCUGGGAAGCGAAUCCGGAGAAACGACCGGAGAUGGAGGAAGUCGUGAAGAUGCUUGAAGGUGUCGAUACUUCCAAAGGCGGGGGAAUGAUCCCCGAAGAUCAGAGACCUGGCUGUUUCUGCUUCGUCUCCGGUCGUGGUCCCUAAAUUUACCGUUUCACCCCUCUCUUCUUUACUUUUCACAUUGAAUUUUGGAGCAGUGCUCUGUUUUCUUCUUCUUUGAUUUGUCAGGAUUUAAAAAAAAAGGGUUUUCGUUAUCAAAAAUAAUAUAUACUUUCUGUCAUUGUGAAUACUAAUAGUGGCGUUUGCUUUCAAUAUACAAAUGGAAAUAUCAAAUAACAUUUUUUCAUAA